CCAGCCCAAGCCUCCUGCUGCUUUGAGCUCCAUCUCCAGCUGAUGCUGCUGCUGCUUGCUAGCUGAGCUGCAAAGAGGAGUGUGAGAGUGUGUGUGGCAGUGGUGUACGUGCUUGAUUUCUUGGGCUGCGAGUAGCUGCGGCGAGCAAGAUCAGCAGGAGGGAUGACGUCGUCCAUGGCUCCGGCGCCGCUGCCGCCGCCGCCGUACGCGCAGGUAAUGGAGGACAUGGAGAAGGGGCGGGAGCUGGCCGCGCGGCUGGUGGCCCUCCUCCACGACUCCCCCGAGGCCGGCCGCAUCGUCGACCAGAUCCUCCACUCCUUCUCCCGGGCGAUGCAAGCCCUCAACAAGGCGGUCUCCGCCGCCGCGGGAGAAGGCUCGGAGGUGCAGAGCGAGGUCACCUGCGGGGCCAGCGCCGGUGGGAAGAGGAAGGCCGCCGCCGCCGCCGGUGGCGCAGCGCCUGAACGGAGGGCCAGCUGCCGCAGGAGGACGCAGCAAUCGUCCGGCGAGACGGUGGUCGUCAAGAACUUGGGCGACGGGCAGCCAUGGCGCAAGUACGGGCAGAAGGAGAUCCAGAACUGCAAGCACCCAAAGGCCUACUUCCGGUGCACCCACAAGUACGACCAGCUGUGCGCGGCGCAGCGGCAGGUGCAGCGCUGCGACGACGACCCGGCGAGCUACAGGGUCACCUACAUCGGCAAGCACACCUGCCGUGACCCGGCCACCGUCGCCGGGGGAGCCGCCGGGAUGGCCGCGCACCUCCUCCACCAGGUCGCCGGCGGCGGAGGCGGCGGCGACGACGAGGCCCUCCAUGCGGGGUCUCGCCUCAUCAGCUUCGUCGCGGGCCCGCCCGACGCGGCCGCCGCGCCGACGACCAGCACGACCACCACGGCCACCGCUCCUCCGCUGCUGCCGCCGCUCAAGGUGGAGGUGGAGCCCGGCGUCGUCGGGUGCGACCAGGAAGAGGUGCUGAGCAGCCUCACCCCCGGCAGCUCCGCGGCGCGCGGCGGCGGCGGCGCGGCUGCCGCCCUCGGGCCGUCGGACCAGGGCGACGUCACGUCCUCCCUCCACUACGCCUACCUCGACGGCGGCGCCGGCGGCGGCGCCAUGCAGGAGUUAUUCAGGGACGACGACGGUGUCUUCGACGAUCUUUUUGGCGACUUGCUGCUGAAUUAUGAUCACUGAACAGUGAACAAAAAUCUUCGAUGGACGAAGCGAAAAAACAAAAUGGAUUCGACGCGUGUACAGGAAUAAUUAGCGGCAGCGCGGAUCUUGAUUUGGAACUUGCAA